GAAAAUCAAGAACCGGCGACCCGAAGAGGCAAGAUUCCGGCGUCGCUGGCGGCGGCGCUGGUCCACUACGCCACGACAAAGGUGACCCCGCAGCAGACGCUGGACGAGAUCUCGGUGUCAAUGAGAGUUCUGGAGAGGAAGUCGCCGUGCAACUUCCUCGUCUUUGGGCUCGGCUACGACAGCCUGAUGUGGGCCGCUCUUAACCAGGGCGGCCGCACCGUGUUCCUGGAGGAGUCCGACUCGUGGAUCGACCAAAUAGGCAGCCGCUUUCCUUCCCUUCAGUCCUACCAUGUUGUCUAUGACACCAAGGUGCAGAGAGCUUGGCAUGAUAAGGAUUCUUGUUUUCAGUUACACGGGUAUCUUGAGGGUUGGGGCACACGCGGUCGUGGAGGAGGAGGCCGUGGUCGCGGCCGUGGUCGUGCAUCCAACUCUGGUCGUGGACCAGUAGCGUCACCUCGGGCAGCACAUGCAGCAGUUGCUGUUGUGAACAGUACACAUGAUCCAAAUUUCAGUGAUAUAGCUCUUUCUCUCGAUCACGGCAGAUCAGUGGGAAACUUUCCGUGCUUUGCUCGCCUCGGCUAAAGAAGGUGUGUCGGAAAGAUUGGCAGUCAUGUGUGAUCUUGUUUGAUUUGUCUUAACAUAUAGAUUAUUAAUAUAUAAUUUCUAUAAUUUUUUAAUAUACAAAUUACAAGAUAAAAUGGAUUAAAAAAGUGUAUUGGAU